UUCGAUUCUUAUCUGAUAAUAACAACGAAGAAAGAAAUAGCAGCGAUAAUGAAGAAUUAGCUUCGACAUCAACGUCUACCUCAAAAUUGAAAGAAGAAGUCGAAAAAGUUCAAUGUUUAUUUAAAGAAUACGAUACAGAGUAUUUAUGGUUAGGUUCAACAAAUAAUUUAAUAAAUUAUCUUAGAGAUAUCCAUUAUGUUACCAAGGAAUUUCUUACGAAUAAGUCAGUAAAGGUUCACCAACAAACUAUUCAACAAGUAAUUAUGAAACUCCAUCCUGUUCUUAUUCAAAAAAAGCUUACAAAUCAGUUGUACAAAAUUGUACUUGAAAUUGGAGAGUUGGAUGAUCAUUGCGCAGAUGAUAUUGUUGAAAAUGGCGCAAAUGUCAAAUCUGCAGUACAAAAAAUGGAUGUUACUAAUAUUAAGUGUGCUGGAUAUACAUUACAAUUAAGUGUAAAUUUAGGAUUAAAGGAAAUUGAUAGACUUAUUUCAAAAUAUAAAUCACUUAUCUCUAUUUUGGAGAUUAGAAGAGGAGUGGAAAUGAUGAGUUCUUUCCUUCCUUCAGAAGAUGAAUUUGAAUUAUUGAAUGAGCUUAUUGUAAUCCUUUCUCCUUUCGAUGAAGCAAUGCAAUUUUUAAGCAGAUCUGAAUAUCCAACACUUGGUUUUAUGACACCAAUGUUGGAAGAACUCACUCACCGGCUUAGGCAAUUUACUGGACAAAGUUAUAAAGCAAUUCUUGUGAAAGACACAAUCUUGAAUAACUUAGUUGAACAUUAG